CCUGAACUUCAUUCCUCUGAUGGUUAGAAACCUUCGUCUAAUUUCAGUUAUUGGAUACUUGUAAUCUUUACAAUUAUAAUUCUGCAUAUUCUUGUUAGUUGUAUACGUCGCAUCCUUUUUUUGAAUCCUGCUAAGCUCUUGCUUCUGAUGAUACCUAGUGGCAAUCCAUUCCAGAGGUGACUUGUGUGUUUUGUGUGGAUGUGGUGGGGGAGAAUGUAUUUCCUUGUAUCAGUUUUAAGUUUCAGUUGCACUGAACAUGUGUCUUUGGAUGGGUUGUAACUAGAGUCUCUUCCAAAAAAAUUUUUAUAAAACCAACCCCAUGCAAUACAACCCAGCUACGCCCAACUGUUGGAAUUUGAUUCAGAUCCUUUCCCUCUUGUCAGUUUCAUUUAAAUCUGAACCUCUCCACAGAUGAAGCUUUGCAAAGGGAAAUCACUCACUGUCUCUGUCAAAAGAAUGAAAAAGACCCUGUUAAGAAGUUUGCUGAUUUUUCCUGACAAUUUUUCAGAAUUUCUCCUUGUUCUGCAACAAAAUAAGUUUGUUAUUUCAGCUGCGAGAGUCACAGUAGCUUUGCUCGAGCUGCAUUUCCUUGCUGUGUGUUAGACUUCCUCUCGCGACGCACAGAGAUCCAGCACGACCACAGCCAUGCCUGGGCUCGAGGCUGCCUCCCCAGGUGCAUUGAGAAGACUAAAGCCAUCUCCAAGUAUCAGAGCAGCUGCUGGUUUUUAAGGGAGCCUGCAGACAGUGGGCUGGGGUUUUGUUCUCCAAUAGGAGGAUCGAAAGCUUUCAUGGAGAAGGCACUCCUGGUUCCUGAUGGCUAAACUUAAACCGCUGCAGCGGUGCUGCUGUCAUGCUUCAGUGCAGGCAGGGGGUUCUUCUGUUGGCAUAGUCCACCUCCCCGAGAGGUGCAGCGAGGUCCGUGGGAGAAUUCUGCUGUUGGCCUGCUACUGUCUUGCAACAUCAGCCUUGCAACAUCUCUCAAGGUAUAGAUGUAACUAUGCCGAUAGUUAUGUCAUGCCCAGACCACCACAGGGCUCCAUGAGGAUUUAUAGAAGAUGCCCCGGGUCUUGGCGCCUCUGGUGCUCCUUCUGGUGUGGCUAAUGAAGAUCGCUGCCAGCCCCCACUCCCUGAGGAUCGCUGCCAUUUUGGAUGACCCAAUGGAGUGCAGCAGAGGGGAGAGGCUGUCCAUUACUCUAGCGAAGAAUUGUAUUAACCGUGCACCAGAGCGAGCGGGGAAGGCCAAAGUGGAGGUGGACAUUUUUGAACUGCUGAGAGACAGCGAAUAUGAGACAGCUGAAACCAUGUGCCAGAUUCUUCCGAAAGGGGUUGUAGCUGUCCUUGGACCUUCAUCAAGUCCGGCCUCAAGCUCUAUUAUCAGCAAUAUCUGCGGGGAGAAAGAGGUCCCUCAUUUCAAAGUUGCCCCAGAGGAAUUCCUCAAGUUCCAGUUCCAGCGAUUCACUACCUUGAACCUCCACCCCAGCAACACCGACAUCAGCGUGGCCGUAGCUGGAAUCCUGAACUUCUUUAAUUGCACCACUGCCUGCCUCAUCUGUGCCAAAGCUGAAUGCCUUUUAAACCUAGAGAAGUUGCUUCGUCAGUUCCUUAUCUCAAAGGACACCCUCUCGGUCCGGAUGCUGGAUGACAGCCGGGACCCUACCCCACUCCUAAAAGAAAUCAGAGACGACAAAACUGCCACCAUCAUUGUCCAUGCGAAUGCCUCCAUGUCCCACAUCAUCCUCCAGAAGGCAGCUGAACUGGGAAUGGCGUCAGCCUAUUACACAUAUAUCUUCACUAAUCUGGAGUUCUCACUCCAGCAAUUGGACAGCUUUCUGGAUGACCGGGUUAACAUCCUGGGAUUUUCCACCUUCAACCAGUCUCAUGCUUUCUUCCAAGAGUUUGUCCAGAGCCUCAACCAGUCGUGGCAGGAGAACUGUGAUCACGCUCCCUUUACUGGGCCAGCACUCUCCUCUGCCUUAUUGUUUGAUGCCGUUUAUGCCGUGGUGACAGCAGUGCAGGAGCUAAAUCGGAGCCAGGAGAUUGGUGUGAAACCGCUGUCCUGUGGAUCCGCACAGAUCUGGCAACAUGGCACUAGCUUGAUGAACUACCUGAGAAUGGUAGAAUUGGAAGGUCUCACUGGCCACAUCGAAUUCAACAGCAAAGGUCAACGGUCGAACUAUGCCCUGAAAAUCCUGCAGUACACACGACAUGGCUUCAGACAGAUUGGCCACUGGCACAUUUCUGAAGGACUUACCAUGGACAAAAGAAUCUUCUCCUCCAACAUAUCGGAUAGUCUCUUCAACACCACUCUCAUCGUCACCACCAUCCUGGAAAACCCUUAUUUAAUGCUGAAGGAGAACCACCAGGCGCUGGAGGGGAACGACCGCUAUGAAGGCUUCUGCGUGGACAUGUUGAAGGAGCUGGCGGAGAUCCUGCACUUCAGCUACAAGAUCCGCCUGGUUGGUGAUGGGGUGUAUGGCGUGCCCGAGGCAAACGGCACCUGGACUGGCAUGGUCGGAGAGCUCAUUGCUCGGAAAGCCGAUUUGGCAGUGGCUGGCCUGACAAUCACGGCUGAACGGGAGAAGGUGAUUGAUUUCUCUAAACCUUUCAUGACUUUGGGAAUUAGCAUUCUCUACCGAGUUCAUAUGGGGCGCAAACCCGGCUACUUCUCUUUCCUGGACCCCUUUUCUCCUGGUGUCUGGCUCUUCAUGUUACUUGCCUACCUGGCUGUCAGCUGUGUCCUCUUCCUGGUUGCUAGACUGACGCCAUAUGAGUGGUACAGCCCCCACCCCUGCUCGCAAGGGAAGUGCAAUCUCCUAGUGAACCAGUACUCUCUCGGCAACAGCCUGUGGUUUCCAGUUGGGGGUUUCAUGCAGCAAGGAUCUACUAUUGCCCCUCGAGCUCUGUCCACACGGUGUGUCAGUGGAGUCUGGUGGGCAUUCACCUUAAUCAUCAUUUCCUCCUACACGGCCAACCUGGCAGCCUUUCUGACCGUGCAGCGGAUGGAUGUACCCAUAGAAUCGGUGGAUGACCUGGCUGACCAGACAACUAUUGAGUAUGGCACCAUUCACGGAGGCUCCAGCAUGACCUUUUUCCAGAAUUCCCGUUACCAGACGUACCAGCGGAUGUGGAAUUACAUGUACUCCAAGCAGCCAAGUGUGUUCGUGAAGAGCACGGAGGAAGGGAUCGCGAGGGUGCUGAAUUCCAACUAUGCUUUCCUGCUGGAGUCCACGAUGAACGAGUAUUACCGUCAGCGCAAUUGCAACCUCACGCAGGUCGGGGGCCUUCUGGACACCAAGGGCUACGGGAUUGGCAUGCCAGUCGGCUCCAUAUUCCGAGAUGAAUUCGACCUAGCCAUUCUCCAGCUGCAAGAGAACAACCGCCUGGAAAUCUUGAAGCGAAAGUGGUGGGAAGGGGGCAAGUGCCCCAAAGAGGAAGACCACAGAGCCAAAGGUCUGGGAAUGGAGAAUAUUGGUGGAAUCUUCGUGGUUCUCAUAUGUGGCUUAAUUGUAGCCAUUUUUAUGGCAAUGCUGGAAUUUUUGUGGAGCCUACGACACUCUGAACAGACAGAGAUAUCUAUCUGCCAGGAGAUGGUGACAGAGCUGCGCAGUAUCAUCCUCUGCAAAGACAGUUUCCACCCUCAGCGAAGGCGAGGGGGGAUGAUACGGACUCGGCCCAUUAUUGCCGAGGAACGUCGACCCCGCAGUACAACCACUCUCAGCAACGGGAAACUAUGCGGCGGCGGUGAGCCAGACCCGCUGGCGCAAAGACUUGCACAAGAAGCCGCUCUGGUCGCCCGAGGCUGCACGCACAUUCGGGUGUGCCCGGAGUGUCGGAGGUUCCAGGGCCUCCAGGUGCGGCCAGCUCCGGGUUCACCUGCACAAAGCGAAGAGAGCUUGGAAUGGGAGAAAGCCACCAAUAGCAGCGAACCUGAGUAGAGUGGGGCAGGGGUGGGCAAAGAAACUCAUGUUCCAUUUUACAGAACACGGACUUGUACAAU